AAUUUAUUGAUAUUUAAGUUGUGCAGUUUCCAUUACUUUCAGCCAUCUCAAACUGAAAGCCGAUAAUGGGUCUGUUGAGGAGGAGGAGCUUCCUCAUUGCUGCAUUAUUUCUUCUUUGCUUCACUUCAUCCAACGUUGUUCUUUCCCAAGAUCCUCAUCAAGCAGGUUUUAUAACUUUGAAUUGCGGAGGCGAAAACUUCACGGACGACAGGACAGGCUUACGUUAUACAUCGGAUGCGACCUUCGUCGGCGACAACGUGAACGCCGUAAGCAACAGUCUGACCCCACAGUAUAAGAACGUUGUCCUCGACACAGAAUGGAGAACGGUCACAAGUUUUCCAAAAGGGAUUAGGAACUGUUACACCCUGCGGCCUACUCAAGGGAAGCUGAAUAAGUACCUGAUACGUGCUAGAUUCUUCUAUGGAAACUACGAUGCCAAUCCCGACAAACAGCUCCCACAAUUCGACCUCCACCUUGGAGUCGAGUACUGGGACACCGUCCAAUUCAUAUCCGAAUUCGAUACUGAGGUUGUCGACAAGGAGAUCAUACAUAUUCCUUCCUCGGACCUCGUACAUGUGUGCCUAUUCAACAUCGGCCUCGGCACCCCAUUCAUCUCCAUCCUCGAGCUCCGGCCAUUGACCAAUUCUAUGUAUCCUUCUGUUUCCGGCGGAUCCUUGAUGAACUACAUACGGUCUGAUAUAGGCUCCACCUCGUUCUCUGCAUCUACACAUGGUCUCAGGUACAAAGAUGAUGUAUUUGACCGCAUCUGGGUUCCAUGGACACUGGAUGGUGCUAAACCAGUCAACGCUACAUCGACGACCGAGAACUUCGCAAAUGAAGAAAACUUAUUCAGAAUGCCACCUGCGGUGAUGAACUCUGGUGUUGUGCCGUCUGAUCCAACCCAGCCGUUGACGUUCAGUUGGUCUACCAAAAAAUCCACGGAUAAGUUCUACAUCUACUUGUCCUUUGCUGAAAUCCAAAAUCUUAAAUCCAACCAAACCCGAGAACUCAAUAUCUACCUUAAUGGCAACUUUUACUAUGGUCCGGUUGUCCCGCCUAAUAAGGGCUAUAUUACAGUGUACCCCAAAAUCCCGUACACCAAUGCUACCAAGUACAAUUUAUCGCUCAGUAAGACCCAAAACUCCACGCUUCCUCCCAUCAUCAACGCCCUUGAGGUUUAUUAUUUGAAACAAUUUAAUGAACCACAAACCAACGACAAUGACGUUGCGGCAAUGUUUGGCAUCAAAUCAGAUUAUGGCGUGACCAAUAAGAAUUGGCAAGGAGACCCUUGCUCACCUCUCUCUUAUUCAUGGAAUGGUCUCAAAUGUCACCACACAGCCUCAAAUCCCCCCAGAAUCACAUCCAUGAAUUUGUCAUCGAGUGGGUUGACCGGGCCAAUAUCUUCUUACAUAUCCAACCUUACAAUGAUACAAGUCAUAGAUCUAUCCAACAACAAGUUGACUGGACCUAUACCUGAUUUUCUAUCUCAACUGCCUUCACUAAGUAUUCUAAAUUUAAGUGGAAACAACUUCUCAGGGCCUGUCCCGGAAAAACUGCUUCAGAAAUCGAAAGAAGGAAACUUAACAUUGAGCAUUGAGAGUGUGGACCCCAACACGAAUAGCUGCCAGAAUAAUAGUUCCUGCGACCACAACAACAAGAAGAAAAACAUUGUUGUUCCAGCUUUGGCAUCUGUACUCCUACUAGUGCUGGCAAUAGUCGGCAUCCUAUUGGUGGUUAAAAGGAAAAAAACAUAG